AGGGCGCGUCUCCCCGCGCCGCAGCCCGUGAACCAGAGCUUCUCGCUCUUUUCCAUCCUGAGGCACGCCAUCGGCAAGGAUCUGACCAAGAUCUCCCUCCCCGCCACCAUCAACCAGCCGCUGACCAUCAUCCAGAGGACGGUGGAGGAUUUGGAGUACAUUCACCUGCUGUACGACGCCCUGGACGCGCGGGGGAUCAAUCGAAUGACCGCGCUCGUCGCGUUUUGCGUCUCGGCGUUUGGCGGGUGGUACUGGCGAAAGGAGAAGCCCUUCUCGCCGACGCUGGGCGAGACGUACGACUGGACGAGCCCGGACGGGCGGGUGCGCGCGCUCGUGGAACAGGUGGAGUACUUCCCGCCGGUGUGCGUGUGGCACGUGGAGGGCACGUCGCCGGGUGGGACGCGGUUCGAGAUGAGCGGCGAGCUGGCUGGUAUAUCCAAGUUUUGGGGCUCUUACGUCGAAUUUUUGGUCAACGGGUGCCUGCACAUGCGACUCCCCGACACCGGCGAGAGGUUCUCGUGGGAAAAAGCGGCGAUGCACGUGCACAACGUCAUCUCCGGUGACCUCUGGAUCGACAUGGUGGGCACGCAACGCGUCGUGGCGCACACCACGGGCGAGACGGCUUCGUUUAAGCUCCACCGAGCGUCCAAGCGCGAGCGGCGCGGUAAGGUGACCGGGGAGAUUCGCGACAAGGACGGCGCCAAGUUCGCGACCGUCGCCGGCAGCGCCGUCGGGGACGUGUACGUCACGCCGGAGCCCGGGUACGUCGGAUCGGAGACGCUCGACCCGAGGUACCGCGGUCAGGAGGGUGACCCGAUUUUCACCUGGCGCGGUUUGGCGCCGGAUGCGAUGCAGCAGUACGGGUUCACCGAAUUCGCCAUGUCCCUCAACGAGCUCACCCGCGAGCAGCUCAGGAACCUUCCCCCGACGGACUCCAGGCUCAGGCCCGACACCAGGGCGCUCGAGGAUGGCGACGGGCACAGGGCGAACGUCUCCAAGGCUAAGAUUGAGGAACAGAACAGGCGGCUGGACAAGGAGAGGAAAAAGAAGAAGGAGACCCACGAGCCCCUCUGGUUCGAGAAGCGCGACGGCGCCGGCGCGGCGUCCAAAUCGCGCAAGGUGAACUACCUCGAGCACGGCGAGGGUUUGUACAAGUACAAGGGCGGCUACUGGGAGCGACGGGAGACUGGUCAGUGG